UAGCUUCUCUAUUAAUACAGUCCUCCUCAUCUACAGCGGCAAACAAUCCGUCCAUCUAGCCUUCAAGAGAAACUUACCAUCCAUACAUCACUGAGAGAGAGAACAAUAGAAGCUGCAGUUGAUCAUCAUCAAUUAUCCAUCAUGUGUAAUCCAAAUGCUUCCACACAAACGCAGCAAAGCCAGCUUGAUGUUGAUCUUUUAAACGGCAUAAAAGACCCAGAAAAGCCCAAAACAGAACCAGAAUCAGCACCCUCCAUUACCGAGAUCAUCCCAGAGAUGAAAUCUCUCUUCAAUCUGGCUUUUCCUACUGCUCUAACGGCUCUUAUUUUAUACUCUCGGUCUAUCCUCUCCAUGCUGUUUCUUGGUCAUCUUGGUGACCUUGAGCUUGCCGCUGGCUCUCUGGCUAUUGCCUUCGCUAAUAUAACUGGAUAUUCAGUCCUUUCAGGGCUGGCUCUAGGCAUGGAGCCUCUGUGUUCACAAGCCUUCGGUGGUCAACGUCUAAAGCUUCUAUCUUUAACCCUUCAGCGCUCAGUAAUUUUCCUUCUAGUCUCUUCAAUACCCAUUUCUCUUCUCUGGCUCAACAUGUCCAAGAUCCUCUUAUAUCUUCAACAAGAUCCUAAUAUAACCCGUAUGGCUCACUCUUAUCUCAUCUUCUCCCUCCCUGAUCUUUUAACCAAUUCCUUCAUUCACCCAAUCCGCAUUUACCUUCGCGCUCAAGGCAUCACCCAACCAGUAACUUUAGCAUCCUUAGCCGGCACUGUUUUUCACUUGCCGAUUAACCUUUUUCUCGUCGGUCAUUUACGUCUCGGCGUUGCUGGAGUCGCAGCCGCAGCUGCCAUCUCCAACUUCUUUGUGCUUUUAUCUUUAGUUCUCUGCAUUUGGAUUUCUCGUUUGCACGAGCUUACGUGGACAAAGCCGACUCUCGACUGCUUGAGAGGCUGGAAGCCGCUGCUUAGGCUGGCAGCUCCAAGCUGUGUUUCAGUUUGUUUAGAGUGGUGGUGGUACGAGAUCAUGAUCGUUCUGUGUGGAAUUUUAGUGGACCCCCAAGCCACGGUGGCUUCCAUGGGUAUUCUCAUCCAAACGACGUCGUUGCUCUACGUGAUCCCGUCCUCCCUCGGCUUUGCGGUAUCCACACGUGUGGGUAACGAACUUGGUGCUAACCGUCCUAAAACCGCGAAAUUAUCCGCUGCAGUGGCGGUGUUUUUAGCUGCAAUGAUGGGCCUAUCAGCUACGGUUUUUGCAUCCGGGAUGAGAAAUAGGUGGGGCAGGAUGUUCACUAACGAUGUUGAGAUCCUACGGUUGACAUCAUCCGCUUUGCCGAUCCUAGGGCUGUGCGAGCUCGGUAACUGUCCACAAACAGUAGGAUGUGGGGUCCUGAGAGGCAGUGCACGCCCAUCCACAGCAGCUAACGUGAACCUCGGUGCAUUCUAUUUUGUAGGAAUGCCAGUGGCUAUUGGACUCGGGUUUUAUCUUCAGGUCGGGUUUUGUGGUCUCUGGCUUGGUCUAUUGUCGGCCCAGGUUUGUUGCGCUGGACUCAUGUUGUACGUUGUAGGUACUACCGACUGGGAUUUUCAAGCCGAUAGAGCUCAGAUGCUAACAUGCGCAGAAUGUGUAGUACUGUAUUAGUUUGUGACCCUAAAGGCGAAGAACAGCAGCCGUUGAUGUCUAUUACAGUGACGUCGCCUUAGUUUUUUUUAUGGCUGUGAAUUAUUAUGUUUUUGGUUAGAACAGUUGGGGGUGUUGCAUAACGAGGAUAA